CUGCUGCAGCGGAGGAGUGAGAGAGGAUUCUCCCAGACACACACGCGCACACACGCAUCCUAAACGGAGCAGAGCAGCACACGCUCGACAAGGGAGCGCAGACACGCGGUGACAAUGGUAUGCAUGGGACAGAAAGUCUGUUUGGAAACUUUACCAUACGCACCGGAUGCACAUGUUUGGACUUGUAUCGUUAGCAUGCACGAGACAAGAAGUCAACAUCAGGAUAAAAGGGAUCUGUAUUCAUUGUGCGGUAUCUGUUGAGUAUCUCCUGCUGCGCCGGGCGAAGUAAACCGACGCUGUUCAGCCGUGAAUGCGAUGAUGUGCGCUUCAUCAGAUUGCCAGACGCAGUUGAGAAGAGAUUCAACAUGGCCAUUGCUGUCGUCUUACAUGUUUGUUGCAUCCGGGCUUGAACGCGUCUGCGUUCUUCCUCAAGUGCUCUUAGAGUGCAUGAUGUCAAUGCAUUUCUGCUGCCUUUCCAAGAUGAACGACUGAAAUAUGAACCUCAUUCAAGCUUUCUGGACCUCCAGUCCUACGUCUGAUUAAAUCAAGCCCCUCAAACGACCAUCCGAGGCAGGGAAUAAGGAAUAGACGUGGCUGCUGGUUGGUGGCAGUGGAGGACGAGGAGGUGGCGGAGGAGGGGGGUUUGCAAACCAUCUAUUUCCUUUGGAAUAUAUCAUUUGUGGAAUACCACUGUGUUUUUGGAUUAUUUCAGAACUUUGGGAGUUUUGCUGUAGUUUUUGGAAUCAUUUCGGAAUAUUGGGUAUUUUGCUCCUGUUCGCAGUCAUGAAGGUGAACCCGAGAUAUUGUUUGUGUCCUGUACUUUUGUGCCUGUGUUUUCUGGAGAGGGGUUAUGAGGCAAGCCAUCACGGCCAAGCCAAAAUCAUUUCCAGGAGCCACAAUGCAACUCACAACCACAACCAGACUAAGGACGGGGAAACAGAGGUCCACCAUCGGCCCAAACGCGGAUGGAUAUGGAACCAGUUCUUUGUCUUAGAGGAACACAUCGGUCCAGAUGCACAAUAUGUAGGAAAGCUACAUUCUAAUUCAGACAAAGGCGACGGUUCAGUCAGGUACAUCCUUAGUGGUGAAGGAGCAGGAAGUAUCUUCAUCAUCAACGAGGUAACGGGAGACAUCCACGCCACCAAAAGCCUGGACCGGGAAAAGAAAUCACAUUAUGUUCUUCACGCACAGGCCAUAAACCUCAACAGCAACAAACCCCUGGAGCCAGAAUCAGAGUUCAUUAUAAAAGUUCAGGAUAUUAACGACAACGCCCCCAAAUUCCCCGACGGACCCUUUGUCACAUCUGUGCCUGAGAUGUCGGAAGUUGGUACAUCAGUUUUUCAAGUCACAGCGACAGAUGCAGAUGACCCUACAUAUGGAAACAGUGCACGGGUGGUGUACAGCAUUCUGCAUGGACAGCCGUACUUCUCCGUCGACCCCAAAUCCGGAAUCAUCAGAACAGCGCUGGCAGACAUGGAUCGAGAGGCGAGAGAACAUUACUCAGUGGUGAUUCAAGCCAAAGACAUGGCGGGGCAGGUGGGAGGGCUGUCGGGCUCCACCACAGUCAACAUCACGCUGACCGACGUCAACGACAACCCACCCAAGUUCCCUCAGAAGAAUUACCAGGUGUUUGUCCCAGAGUCGGCACAGGUGGGGAAACCAGUGGGGAAGAUGAAAGCCAGUGAUGAGGACAUCGGAAUCAAUGCAGAGAUCAAAUACAGCAUCCUGAACCCCGAGGGGGCCGGAAUGUUCUCCAUCUCCACAGACAAAGAUACUAGAGAGGGUGUGAUCACGCUGAGAAAGCCACUGAACUAUGAGAAGAAGAAGCAUUACAGUCUUCACAUCGCUGCAGAGAACACGCACCUGGAUCCACACUUCACCUAUCUGGGCUCGUUCAAAGACGACGCCACGCUCAAGAUUACAGUCGGAGACGUGGAUGAGCCGCCAGUUUUCUCAAUGGAUUAUUACAUUAUGGAGGUGUACGAGAACACCAGGGUAGGAACUGAAGUGGGAGCCGUCACAGCGAGAGACCCAGACAGCAAAAACAGCCCUGUCAGGUAUUUCAUCGAGCAGAGAGAAGACAAAGCGGUGUAUUUCGAUAUCGAAUCCAUCAGUGGAGUCAUCAGAACUACUCAGCUCCUGGACCGCGAGGACACGCCCUGGCACAACAUCACUGUCAUGGCAACAGAGGAAGAUAACCCCAGUCUUCAGAGCCACGUGCCCGUUACAGUGCAGGUUCUAGAUGUGAACGACAAUCCUCCAAUGAUCAACACAGAAGACGAGAUCAUCAUCUGUGAAAGCACCAGAGCAGCACAGGUCAUUCAGACAAUCACGGCUGUGGAUAAAGAUGAUUUUGCCAAUGGAAAGGGAUUUUCCUUCUCUUUCCCUGGAGGAAUUCCUGACAACCCCAACUUUACUAUUAAAGACAAUGAAGACAGCACUGCCAGCAUCAUCGCCAGACGGCGGCGAUUCCACAGACUGACCCAGGAACUAUAUGAGCUCCCGGUGGUGGUUUGGGAUGACGGGGAACCCGUCCUGAGCAGCACCAGUACCCUCAUGCUCAGGGUGUGUUCCUGCCAGAGAGGCACCAGACUGAAGAUCUGCCAGGGUGAAGCGUUCCUCUCCUCCGCAGGGCUCAGCACAGGCGCUCUCAUAGCCAUACUGCUCUGUGUGCUGAUUUUACUGGCAAUCGUGAUUCUCUUCAUUACAUUGCGACGAAGCAAAAAGGAACCGUUGAUCAUCUCGGAGGAGGACAUUCGUGAGAACGUGGUGACGUACGACGACGAAGGAGGCGGAGAGGAGGACACCGAGGCCUUUGACAUCAUCGCCCUCCGGAACCCAGCCGCCGCCGAGGAACUCAAGUUCCGUCGGGACGUCCGGCCCGAGUGCAUCCGGCCGUGGUCGUCAAGGAGACCGGCCCGUGGCCGUCACAGCCCCUCAUCCCUGGACAUAGAUGAGGAAAUGGACAUCGGGGAGUUUAUCAAACAGAGGGUGGUCGAGGCGGAUCAGGAUACUAGCGUACCGCCCUACGAUUCUUUACAGACCUACGCCUACGAGGGUCAAGGUUCACCAGCAGGCUCCAUCAGCUCACUCGGGUCGGCUGGAGCACAUUCUGAAGUGGACUACAACUCCCUGGACGACUGGGGUCCAAAAUUUGAGAAAAUAGCAGGACUUUAUGGAGAGGAAGUUGAAACGGCGUCUGAAUCCACUGAAAAGGCAGAGUCGGAGAAGCAGACAUAAGUAUUUGUCAAUGUCAGAGAAAACUGUGAACAAAAAAAAAUAAAACCCUGCUUUUUUUCGACAUCCGCCGUCAUGGUUUCAUCAGCACAAUGAGACGCUCUCGGACUGCUGCGCUGCCAUAUCUCUACAGCUGUAAAGUCAGACUGACUACCUUUUUUCUCUCUUUUCUCUUGAAUGUUCGGAGCUCUGAAUCCCAACGAGACAAGAAUGAUUUUGAAAAGAAAAUCUAAUAAAAAAAAAGAAUAAAAAAACUAAUGAAAAUAAGGAAGCUAUUUUAACUGGUGUAUAUUUUUUAUUGCUCAAUAAAGUCCUGAAUUCCUG